CUCACUACUCACCACUCCUUCAAAACUGAUCAGCUUCUGUCGGUAAAGAAGAAGAUGAGAACCGAGAUGAAGAGACAUUGCCUUGGAUUCACUUCGGCGGUGCUUCUGAUUCUACUCUUCGGAGAAGUUCUUGAGGCGGCAUCUAUAACCGGAGUCAGCAUCAGCACCACCAACAUUGCCGAAUUUAUAGGGGACGAAGAGUUCUUGAUGGAUUCUGAAAUAAACGCAAGGUUUCUCGUCGACAAACCAAAUAUAUGUAAGGAUAUUGGACAUUCGACACCAGAUCCUAAUCAUCCAGUUUCCGGUUGCUACGCAGAGAACAGAGUCUCAUGCCGCGGUCGUGAAUGCGGCCGGAAGACCGCGCAGCUGCGGUGGAUUUCAAGCCGCACGAAUUAAUUAUUCAUAAGGUGAAGGUACAUUUAAGAAUGAUGUUGCACACGUUUUCCCCCAAAUCAUCCGGAUCUCCCCCUCGAUCUGUAUUUUAAAUAAGUACCGUACCAUUCGUGCACUAAAAUUAGAUGGAAUGUGUCGACAAUUAAGCUAUGUAUUAAUUAAAGCCAUGUAUGUAUUUUUAUGUUUGGUUCUGCUAACUGGCAGGAUGUUAUUUUUAUUGUUUUUUUUAACAGUAUCGUGUGUCCUCCCUAUCACCUGCUCUAUCAUUGUUGGGAAGAUAUUUGAAUUAUUCGGAGUAAAUAUGAAAAAUUUUAAUGGAGCUCCGAUUUGAAGUUGUAGUGA